CUACAACAACAAAAAACAACAUAAUACAAUCGUUUCCGCUCUUAAGCAUUCAAUUCCAAGUUUUACUUCCCGGCCAAGAUAAUUGAUUAAACAAUUGUGUAAACGUUUAUCGCUGUUUCACGAAGUUUUACUUCAUAUAAAAUCGGGGUUCAGCGCUAUUUCACUCUAGUUGGUUAACCACAAUGAUUGCCCGGUGUCUGUCUUCCAUGCUGCUGUUUCUUAUCCCGAUUCUGGGAUUUCUCCUCUCAGUUUCCGCCUCCCAUUCAAACAGCAUGGAGAUACAGCCCCGCAUCAUUGGUGGUCGGGUGUCCAGCAUCAAGCAGGAAAAGUAUCUCGUCCAGGUGACCACAUCCACGGAGCUGUGCGGAGGAUCGCUGGUUAAGCCCCGCUGGGUGAUCACUGCGGCCCAUUGCGUUUAUGGCAAGAACAAGGAUGAUUUCAAGGUUUAUGGGGGUGCCUCCAAUCAGGGUGGACCCUAUGCCACCAUCCGUCAGGUGGAUUUCAUGGUUAUACGUCCGGACUUCAAUCGCAAGACCCUCAACAUGGAUGUGGCUGCACUGCGUCUCACUUCGGACAUGAGUGGAGCCAAUAUAGAGACCAUAGAUUUGGCGCAACAGUCGGUUCCAGCUCGAGUUUUGGUCAAAGUUUCGGGCUGGGGCUUUCUAACAGCCGAUGCCACGCAAACGGCAACGCGGGUGCACAGCGUCCUCGUUCCCAUGUGGUCGCGAUCCUCCUGCGUGUCCGUCUACCAGGGCAUCCAUCGCAUCACCCGCUCCAUGGUGUGUGCGGCCAAGCUGUAUAAGAAGGACUCCUGUGAUGGCGACUCGGGAGGUCCUCUGGUUUACCGCGGAGAGCUAGCCGGAAUCGUAUCCUUUGGCUAUGGCUGCGCCUCCUCGCUGCCCGGCGUUUACACUAGUGUUCCCGUGAUCCGUGAUUGGUUCUUGCGCAUGGUUAAAGAACAUUCCUAAACCUAAUCUUAAGACAUAGCCAAUAAAUAGUUCAAGUUUAUCAACAAA